ACUACGACAUUAGUAACGUUUAGACAUUGAAUAAAUAAAAUUUUGUUAUACUUUAGAAUUUGAAAUAUCAAAUUAAAAAAUUUACUGAUCAAAAUAGUUUUGAGAUUGAUCGGACGGCACGGCACGGAUGAAGCGGUUAGCGGGAUCACUCCCGCGCGCAGCGGUAGGCGAACUGGGCCCUUGCUCGAUGGAUCGGACCGUCUCGUCCCCGCGUAAACCCUGCAACGGCUCUUCUCCUAAUAUCUCAGUCGAAACCCUAGAAUCGCCAUGGACGCGCCCGUAGAGGAGACGAGAUCCACCAACGAAGACGACGAUCAUGACGAUGAGCGGGAGGAGGAGGAGGAGCGGGGGGAGGUGUGGGCGUGGAGCUGGGGCGCUGGCACCGAUGGCCAGCUCGGGACGGGCGCCGCGCGCGACGAGCAUCUCCCCCAACCUCUCUCCCUCAAUCCCCUCUCCUCCUCCGCCUCCUCCCACCCUCUCCGUGUCUCUCGCGUCGCGUGCGGCGGCGCCCAUGCCGUUGCCUUAACCGGCGAUGGUAGAGUACUCACAUGGGGAAGAGGUAUACAUGGGCAGCUUGGUCAUGGGGAGUUGGAGAAUUGCUUACAACCGAAGCCUGUACAAUUCUUCGAAAGCUUUACUGUAUGUUCUGUUUCUGCUGGAUGGAAUCACUCUGGAUUUGUUACAGAUGAAGGCCACCUGUUUAUGUGUGGAGAUAAUUCAUUUGGUCAGCUUGGGACAGGAGAUAAUCAGUCAUAUAACCUCCCUGUUGAAGUAUUAUUCUUCGCUUCAAAGCAUGUUGAACAGAUAGCAUGUGGGAUGCGACACACUCUUGCCUUGGUCACUGGUGAUUUAGUCUAUGGGUUUGGUUCUGCUAGACAUGGGCAAAUUGGCAAUUCUGUGUCUAAGCCUCAAAAAUCAUGUAAUCUUCCUGAAGUAAUUCAAGGAUUUGGGAGCUGCAAAAUAGUGGGUCUUUUCGCCAAUGGAGAUCACAGUGCUGCAUUGACUGCUAAUGGAGAGUUAUACAUCUGGGGAAGAGGAUUCAGUGGGGCUUCCAAUGACCUUCACCCUCGUCUUCUGCAUUCAUCCUUGAGGAUUUCUCAAGUUGCAUUGGGAUGGCAUCAUGCCAUAGUACUAGCUGAUGGUGAAGUAUAUAUGCUUGGUGGAUACCGUCAUUGGGCAGCAAGUGGUUCCCAUGUAGUGAAUCCUGUGCGGCAUCAAUCAGUUCCAUCUGCUGCAUGUGCUGCUGUCUCAGAUGUGCGGACGCUAGAGAAGGUAUCUUGUCUUGAUGGGGAGCGAGUAGUGCAAAUUGCUGCAGGCGCUGAGCAUUCUGCCCUACUAACAGAGCGAGGAAAGAUCAUGACAUGGGGCUGGGGGGAGCAUGGCCAGCUUGGUUUGGGAAACACAGACGAUCAGACAUUUCCACAAAUAGUCAACAUACCCAACUGGAGAUCUUUUGCUUCUACUCUAGGCAUAUAUUGUGGUAGCGGUUUUACAGUUGUGACAAAAUCAGUUUAAUUAUAAAAGUUUAUGCAUUAUUAACUAUUUCAAUCUCAUGAAAAACACUUGUCUAAUUAUUCAGUCAUUUAUUUUGCUUUCAGUUUUUAGGAAUUUUGGUUGAGAGUUUGUUAAUGAAAAUGUCCUGGGAGUAUGAUUAUUAUUUUGCUCUAGAAUGCAGAAUCCAGCGUGACAAACAGUGUAGACUAUAUUUCUAAAGGUAUAGGUGUAAAUUCUAAUUCUUUCA